AUGGCGUCUCCUAUUGCUUCCGCCGCUCUGCGGGCUCGCGUCAAGCGUCCCUCGAUGCUCAAGAAGCUCACCAAGCCCCAAGAUCUCCUGCAGCACUUUCCCAAUGGCGCCUACAUCGGCUGGUCCGGCUUCACUGGCGUCGGGUACCCCAAGAAGAUGCCCACCUACUUGGCGGACCACGUCGAGCAGAACUCUCUUCAGGGCCAGCUCAAGUACAGCCUGUUUGUCGGUGCCUCCUCCGGCGCCGAGACCGAGAACCGCUGGGCCAGCUUGGAUAUGAUCAAUCGCCGAGCCCCCCAUCAGGUCGGCAAGGCCAUCUCCAAGGGCAUCAACGAGGGCAGGAUUCACUUCUUCGACAAGCACCUGUCGCAGUUCCCCGUCGACCUCGUAUACGGCUUCUAUACCAAGGACCGCCCAAACAAGAACCUUGACGUUGUCGUAGUCGAGGCCACAGAGAUCAAGGAGGAUGGCAGCAUCGUUCCUGGUGCGUCUGUCGGAGCGACCCCUGAGCUCGUGCAGAUGGCCGACAAGAUCAUCAUCGAGGUCAACACCGCGCUGCCCAACUUUGACGGUCUCCACGACAUCACCAUGACCGACGUGCCCCCGCGCCGCAAGCCCUACCUCAUCACCAGCGUCGAGGAUCGCAUCGGAACGAACUCUAUCCCCAUUGACCCCGAGAAGGUCGUUGGCAUCAUCGAGUCCGACUACAUGGAUCAGACCGGCCCCAACGCCCCCGAAGACGACGGCUCCAGAGCUAUCGCCAGACAUCUGAUCGAGUACUUCGAGCACGAGGUUAAGCACGGCCGUCUUCCCAAGAGCCUGCUCCCCCUGCAGUCCGGUAUCGGCAACAUUGCCAACGCCGUCGUUGGAGGCCUCAAGGACAGCAACUUUGAAAACCUCAAGGUGUGGACCGAGGUCAUCCAGGAUACCUUCCUCGACCUCUUUGACUCGGGCAAGCUCGAAUUUGCGACAGCCACCUCGGUGCGCUUUUCCCCCGACGGCUUCAAGCGCUUCUACGACAACUGGGAGAGCUACCACAACAAGCUCCUCCUCCGCAACCAGCAGGUCUCCAACUCCCCCGAGAUCAUUCGCCGCCUCGGCGUCAUUGGCAUGAACACCCCUGUCGAGGUUGACAUUUACGCCCACGCCAACAGCACGUGCGUCAUGGGCUCCCGCAUGCUCAACGGUAUGGGCGGUAGCGGCGAUUUCCUCCGCAACGCAAAGUACAGCAUCAUGCACACUCCCUCGACGCGCCCUUCCAAAACAGACCCCCACGGAGUCAGCUGUAUCGUCCCAAUGUGCACGCACAUUGACCAGACCGAGGCGGACAUUGACGUCAUUGUCACUGAGCAAGGCCUCGCUGACGUUCGUGGGCUGAGUCCCCGCGAGCGUGCGCGCGUCAUCAUCAAGAAGUGCGCCCACCCGGUCUACCAGCCCAUCCUCCUCGACUACUUCGAGAAGGCCGAGUUUGAGUGCUUGCGCAAGGGCAUGGGCCACGAGCCUCAUCUGCUCUUCAACUCCUUUGAUCUCCACAAGGCACUGGUUGAGGAGGGUAGUAUGCAGAAGGUCAAGAGCUUCAAAUGA